AUGGUUGCUAAACAUGCUCUAAACGUGCUUGCUUUGGCACCCAACUUUUCUCCCAAGCUGACUUUGUCAGAAGUCACUAGAUUCACACCAAGCCAUAAACCUCCAAAGUCAAGUCUAGUUUCACCUGUAACUAUUGCGCAGAGUUUGGGAAAAUCAACAGUAAAUAACACAACAAAAAAAAUGGCAAAGUCACUAGAUACAUUUUUACAUAAGCCACCAAAGACAAUGGGAUUGACUGUUACCCCAACAACAAAGGAAGCCUCUUCCCUCAGACAAGUGUACAGCUGCUCCAAUUCUUUGCAAAGAAUACAGGUCACUAGAGGAAAGGCAGAUUUGACCCACACUGUAACAGCACCACUGACAAAGAGAGGGACCAAAGCAGUCAGAGCUUUAAACCACAUAGCAGGUGGAAUAUAGAUUCAAAUAAGACCAGCAGGAGAUAAGAAAAGGGCUCAGACAAAAAGCAAUAACCCUCCUAAAACCUGUUUCAAAAUUAUUGAUGAUAUUCCAGCUCAUCCUGCCCCUUUUGCUCACUGGUUUGUUUCGCUGAAGUCCAGCCCUCCUCCCUGUGAUAUCUUCAGUAUCCCCACCAGAUCAUUUCUUGGCCGAUUUGGCAAGGUGCACAAGUGUAUCGAAAAUAAGACAGGGAUGAGUCUCGCUGCUAAGAUCAUCUAUACACGAAAUGCCAGAGAAAGGUGGUUGUCUACCCAGUGUCUCAAACACCCUUGGCACAGCAACAUCUUUGAGAAGGCAAAGGGCGCCAAUAUUGUGCUCAAAUCACAGGUUUUCCUCAAGAAGUACAUGGCCAGGCGAUGGAAUGGAAAUCAUGAAUAUGCAUAUGGUAUGUCAAAACCUACUAAAAAUGAUUUAGCCAUUGUUGCGGCCAUGAGGUUUAAGAAGAUCGGAAGUUCAGGUUCCCUGACCUCGACUGGAAUCUGA